GAGAUCUGAUGUCUGGAUGACGUGGUUCCGAUAACUCGGUUCCUGCAGAAGCGUCUCUUGGCAACUGAAGAAUCUUCACACAAACCGCCUUCCAAUGUUUUGUGGGCAGACACAGCUCUGGCGAAAACAAUGAUCGGACGAACCCCACCAACCACUGCCAACCUCAACGUUUCAUCGACAUUUUCCGCAGGCUGAUCUUCUGUAAACAACAUCUCAUCCAAUGAACUGUCCCAAGUGAGGCGUUCUUGGGCGGGUUGCUGACGACAACCCCGCCCAAUAUAUUCCCCGAAUCCCACAGUCCGUCCCAGAUUUUCACCACCACGUUGCCCUUGGCCGCUCCCGAAGGCCGAGACAACUUACAUCCGGUAUCGAUAGCAAUGGCAGCUUUGAAACGCAGUGGCUUACUGCACGCUGCACCUACCCGGCACUUCCUCCACAAAAAUCAGGUACAGCAUUGAGCUUGUCAGGCACCUUUCCGCUGGCAGAACCGGGUGGUUCGGGAGAUGGGCUGGGAUCAUCCUCUUUGCCCUGGUUACACUGCCCUCGACCUCUUCUGCAUGUAGGCACCCAACCACCAAUGGCGGCUGUCAAUGCACGGCUUUUGCUUGCUGAUUUGGCGGCGGCAGAUAGUCCAUGACGAUGGCGAGCUGCAUAUCAGUGGGUGUCCUUUGUGGGUUCCCAACCUGCACAAGUGGAAGCUGACGGAUCCGGUGUUGUUGCCAUUCGCCCCAGCAGGACCUGUCGAUCCAUUGUGUAUCCUGGCCUAAACCCCUGAUGCUGUAGAUCAAAAAGUAUGCAUGCUUAUUCAUGACCAAUAGGUAAAAGCUGGUCAAGCUGCACCUUUGAUAGUUCCCGAGCUCCCACAUCACCACCACCGCCUUCUUUCCCCAGUCCCUCUCUUUUCCCUCGCUAUCGUCUCUCCUUCUAUUCUCAACACAUAAUGAAACCCCCAACUAUCACCACCACCUUCCUCUCCCUCCUCCCCUUCACCCUCUCCCACCCCUCCACCCCCCACCCCCUCAUCCCUCCCAAAGUCGACCUAGGCCCCUACAACCCCUCCCACACCCGCCGCUCCUCCCCCCACCACGGCUCAGGCCUCUUCCCCCAGCUCCUCUCCCACCCCUCCCCCUCCCUCGGCACAUUCGGCCAACGAUACUGGUACUCAACAGAAUGGUACUCCGGCCCAGGCGCCCCAAUCAUCCUCUUCAACCCCGGCGAACAAGACGCCUCCAACUUUGACGAAGCCUACCUCUCCAACCAGCGGUUGCCAGGCCGCAUAGCACAAGCCGUCGGGGGUGCCGUCGUGGUGGUGGAACAUCGCUAUUACGGGGAGUCAUCCCCCUUUGAAGAGCUAACAGAGGAGAACUUGCGGCAUUUGACGCUGGAGAAUGCGCUGAGGGAUAUGCAGUAUUUUGCGAGGGAGUGGGAUGUCCUGAAAGGGGCCGGGAAUGGGACGGGGGAAGGGGGGCCGGCGUGGAUUUAUACUGGGGGGAGUUAUGCGGGGAGUUUGGCGACUUGGCUGAGUAGAUUGGAGGAGAAAGAAGGGGAGGAAGGGAAGGAGAGGGCGUUUUUUGCUUAUUAUGGGAGUAGUGCUGUUGUGGAGGCUAUUGGGGAUUUUUGGCAGUAUUUUGUUCCGGUUUUGGAGGCUAUGCCGAAGAAUUGUACGAGGGAUGUGGAGAGGGUGGUGGUAUUUGCGGAUGAGGUUUUGGGGGGUGGGACGGAGGGGGAGAAGGAGGGACUGAAGGAAAAGUUUGGGUUGGGGGGGUUGGAGGAUGAGGAUUUUGCUGCGGAGUUGACUUGGGGCUUGGCAUCGUUGCAGACGACGCAGUUUUACUCGGAGAAGAAUAUAGGGUACUCGCCGUUUUAUCGGUUUUGCGAUUAUGUCGAGGGGAUGUAUCCAGUGGACCCCAAUGCAACCGUUCCUGGAGAGGACGGGGUUGGGCUUGAGAAGGCGUUGGAGGGGUAUGCGAGGUACAUCAAGGAGGAUGUCGUUCCUGGUUUCUGUGCCAAGUCCGGCUACCCUGAAUGGCAAGAUGAAAACAGCACCCUCUGCCUCCAAAACAUGAACGCUUCCUCUCUGGCCUUCACCGACUUGUCAGUAAAGAACUGGGGAAACAGACAAUGGUGGUGGCUUCUCUGCAACGAACCGUUUGAGUGGUGGCAAAGCGCACCGCCACUGUCAUCGUCCUACCCAAGAGUCAUCUCCGAGUACGUGACAGCAGAGUACUGGGCUUCCCUGUGCCCGCGAUUUUUUCCAAACACGACCUAUACCUUGGCGGAAGGCAAGACAGCGGGCGAUGUCAACGUCAGAACAGGUGGCUGGGACUUGACGUCGAACGUGACGAGAACGAUGAAUACAAACGGGCAGUAUGAUCCAUGGAGGGAUGCGACGCUGAGCAGCACGUUCCGACCUGGUGGUCUAGUGACCGAAAUGGAAAAGGAUGGGCUGCAGGUGAGGUUGGUGAAAGGGGGGACUCACUGCAGCGACUUGGUUGGGCUGAACUGGGAAGCGAACGCCGAGCUGGAUGGGUUAGUGGAUGGGGUUGUUGACCAGUUGGCAUGGUGGAUAGGGCAAUAUCACAGUGAUGCCUACGACGGAAUCAGAAACACGACGCGGAAAUAA